AUGCAAGUCUCGGAUGGUCUAUCUACAGAAAUCGAUAGGUCUCAUUCAAUCGACGUAUCUUACUUGGACGAUGACAGCGAUUUCGAGGACGAGGACGACUGCGAGGAGAUCAUGAACCCCUUCACGGUGGAUCGCAAAGUUCGCGCUCUGCUAAACAAACUCACGGACACGCAAUUUGUUCCCACAUCUAACCAGCUCAUCGCCUGGACGAACAAGUCUGAAAUAGAAAGCGACGGGCGCACUUUGAUCCAGAUCAUACGUCUCGUAUUCGAGAAAGCGAUGAACGAGCCGAUGUACACUGGGUUAUACGCGCGCCUAUGCCGUACAAUGAUGGAACAGAUUAGUCCUGGGGUACAAGAUGAGCAAAUACGGGACGCCGCAGGCGCGCCGGUUCCCGGUGGUCAGCUAUUUCGGAAAUACCUCCUGAUUCGCUGCCAGGGGGACUUUGAACGUGGGUUCGAAACGCGAGACACGGGGAAAAGUGACCUCUUCUCGAGCACAUAUUAUUCUGCAAAGCAACGGGGUCUUGGUCUCAUCAAAUUUAUCGGCGAGCUGUUCAAGCUACAGAUGCUUACGGAGCGUAUUAUGCACGAGUGUAUUAAAAAGUUGCUCGGAAACCUCAUCGAUACCCCACAAGCUCGGCCGCACAUGGAUGUUUACUUCGAUCGCAUGCAAGGUCUGUGCACAAACCCUAACGUCACACUGCGUAUGCAGUUUAUGUUGGAGGACGUCAUCGCGCUCCGUGAGCGGAAAUGGGUGCCCUCCGAACGACCCUCGCCCCUGAUGUCCUUUCUUGGACCGAGGGACACCACUAAGGUCUCGCCUCCGAGCCUCGGGCGCAACGCUGCUGCGAUUCAGACCCAUCAGACUACGCGGAAUACGCACAAAAGCAGCGGCAACCUGCAUUAUACUGCAUGGCGCAGGGCGACUGCAUCUUCGACUCCCAAGUCGCCAGACCCGCCAGCGGCCAGUGGCUCACACAUGAAAGACCCAGCGCGUCAGCCACCGCGCAAUAGCGAUAGCGAGGCGCCCAGUCCAUCUUUAGACGUCUUCGUGAAGGGUGCUGCUGGUCCAACGUGGCAUGCGUUCGUCUAUUAUCUGUGUCACGGAACAAUCGUGUUUGCUCCCCUCCGGAGUGAGGGAGAAGUGUUGCGACGCGCCUUCAUCGAGGAUUAUUGCACACGGAAUCCACACCUACCGCCUCCUUGUUCGUCCAAAUCGAUCUAUCGUCUCGCUGUCAUGUUAAAUGUGCCCAAGUUGAAGGCGUUGGCGUUGGGUGAUCUAGCCUCUCGCCUCAACGCUAGUAACGUUGUCGAUGAAUACUUCACGGCAUUCACGCACAGGUGUGUUUUAUCUGAGAAACCACCCGCAUGCUAA